GAAAAUCACACAAAUGUCUAUUUUCAUUCAUCGGAAGGUUUCAUGACAAGUUUGACAAGGUGUGUGUCGGAUUGUUGAUGUUGAAAUGUCGAGUCAAUGACUUUGUGUGUGGAGUCCUUUGAGAUGUCACGGCAAACGGCCGUGCUGCAAAAUGGCUGCGGACGUUUGUAAAAUGUAUUAUUGUGUGAGAAUGAUGACGUGUAAUUUGGCCCUGACAUAUAUGUAUGAAACUGUUGUGAAAGGAAAGGAAAGGAAAUGUAAGAUGCAGACACAUUCUGUUGACUGUAAAUUCUGACAAAAACAAUUAAAUGCUAAAUAUAUCUUUUAAAAUAUCACAAUUGCAAAGUUCAGUUCCAGUUAGGGCAAUAAGGCCUUUUAUUAAUAUCUCAAUAUUUUUAGGCCAUGUCACGAUACAUGAUAUAUAUUUCGAUAUUUUUGCCUUAGGGGAACAUUAUCACCAGACCUAUGUAAGCGUCAAUAUAUACCUUGAUGUUGCAGAAAAAAGACCAUAUAUUUUUUUAACCGAUUUUCGAACUCUAAAUGGGUGAAUUUUGGCGAAUUAAACGCCUUUCUAUUAUUCGCUCGCGGAGCGAUGACGUCACAACGCGACGUCACAUCGGGAAGCAAUCCGCCAUUUUCUCAAACACAUUACAAACACCGAGUCAGAUUAGCUCUGUUAUUUUCCAUUUUUUCGACUGUUUUCCGUACCUUGGAGACAUCAUGCCUCGUCGGUGUGUUGUCGGAGGGUGUAACAACACGAACAGGGACGGAUUCAAGUUGCACCAGUGGCCCAAAGAUGCAAAAGUGGCAAGAAAUUGGACGUUUGUUCCGCACACUUUACCGACGAAAGCUAUGCUACGACAGAGAUGGCAAGAAUGUGUGGAUAUCCUGCGACACUCAAAGCAGAUGCAUUUCCAACGAUAAAGUCAAAGAAAUCUGCCGCCAGACCCCCAGGAAAAGAGUGCGGCUGAGGGUAUGUCUACAGAAUAUAUUAAUUGAUGAAAACUGGGCUGUCUGCACUCUCAAAGUGCAUGUUGUUGCCAAAGGUAUUUCAUAUGCUGUAAACCUAGUUCAUAGUUGUUAGUUUCCUUUAAUGCCAAACAAACACAUACCAAUCGUUGGUUAGAAGAAUUCGUCCUCGCUUUCUCCCGUGUCGCUGGCUGUCGUGUCGUUUUCGUCGGUUUCGCUUGCAUACGGUUCAAACCGAUAUGGCUCAAUAGCUUCAGUUUCUUCUUCAAUUUCGUUUUCGCUACCUGCCUCCACACUACAACCGUCCGUUUCAAUACAUGCGUAAUCUGUUGAAUCGCUUAAGCCGCUUAAAUCCGAGUCUAAAUCCGAGCUAAUGUCGCUAUAAACUUGCCGUUCUAUCCGCCAUGUUUGUUUGUAUCGGCAUCACUAUGUGACGUCACAGGAAAAUGGACGGGUGUAUAUAACGAUGGUUAAAAUCAGGUACUUUGAAUCUUUUUUAGGGAUAUUGCGUGAUGGAUAACAUUUUGAAAAAAACUUCGAAAAAUAAAAUAAGCCACUGGGAACUGAUUUUUAAUGGUUUUAACCCUUCUGAAAUUGUGAUAAUGUUCCCCUUUAAAUUAACACUGAUUCUAUGUGUCUACAUUAAAACAUUCUUCUUCAUACUGCAUUAAUAUAUGCUCAUUUUAAACUUUCAUGCAGAGACGGAAAUCACAACUAAGUCAAUUGCACAUAAUUGUAUUUAUUAAACAGUUAUUAAGCAGUGGCACAAACAUUCAUGUCAUUUCCAAAACAGAAAGUGCAAGAUUGUCAGAGACAUUUUACAACAAGCUAUUAGUGCUAAGGCUGAAACGACGCGUCGACAUAGUCGACGUCAUCGGUUACGUAAAUACGUCGACGUCAUUUUUGUGCGUCGACGCGUCACAUACUUACGUCACACCACUGUCAUGGCGGAGCGCAGAGCAAACGAUGCGAGCGAGGGGAAAAAAACACGCCAAAAGUCGUCAAAAGUGUGGGAGUAUUUUAAUAAACGGCCUAAUAAUGUUGUUUUAUGCACACUGUGUCGAGCGGAAAUGGCGUAUCACAGCAGCACAACGGCUAUGAACGAGCAUCUAAAAAGAAAACAUCCGACAGCGUUCUUCCCAUCACCAUCAACGAGUCAAUCAUCCGCCAAACGACAAAGCAGUGUCCAGGAUUUUUUUCCAAAGAGGCAUGGGACUGAAUGCACACCCCAAGUGGCCGCUGACCUGACUGAUGGUGUCCUGGAAAUGAUGGUCAUAGACAUGAGGCCAUUAAAUAUGGUAGAAGGGGAAGGGUUUCAAAAAAUGAUCAAACGGUUUCACUCUGGCUACACACUACCAUCAAGAACCCACUUCACUAAGCUUAUGGAGCAAAAAUACACAAAGAAAAUGAAUGAAGUCAAAGCAAUCCUGAAAAAUGUGAAAGGAAAACUGACACUCACAACUGAUGCAUGGACAAGUAUGGCCACUGAAGCUUACCUUGGUGUCACCAUUCACUUUGUUAAUGAUGAGUGGGAGCUUACCUCAAUUAACUUGACAACAAUGCCCCUCAAUGAAAAGCACACUGCAGAAAACAUUGCCUCUUGGAUUGAGGAUGUUGUCAAUAAGUUUGAAAUAAACAUAAAACUAGUACAAGUCAUUGUACAUGACAAUGCUGCAAAUGUUGUUGCAGCUUUAAGAGUUCUUGAGGAAAGACAUGGUGUUUCAUCCCUCAGAUGUGUUGGCCAUACUCUACAGCUUGUAGUUAACCAUGCUCUAAAGGACAACCACAUCAGCAGAGCUUUAGGAGCAGCAAGAAGUUUGGUCGAGCACUUCAGAAAAAGUGAGCUAUCCAGUACAAAACUAAAGGUUAAGCAAAAACAAAUGGGUUCUCCAGACCACAGCCUCAUACAAGAUGUGUCUGUGAGAUGGAACAGUUCCUUUUACAUGAUUAGUCGCCUGCUUGAGCAGAGGUGGCCAAUAACAGCAACUCUGUCAGAUCCGGAGGUCACUCAAAGAGGGAAGCAUUUUCUGGAUCUUAAGGCUGACCAGUGGAGCUUGCUUGAAGAACUUGAACAAGUUCUGAAACCUUUUGAAUGUGCAACUGUGUACCUGAGUGGAGAAUCUUAUGUAACAGUUUCCGCUGUCCCUCUGCUGGUCAAAGGGCUUCGGAAGGCUACACAAACUGCUUUUGAAAAUGCAUCAAUCAAGUGUUUCCAGGUCACUGCUGCACAUGAGAUAACAUCCAGGUGGGAAGCCAAGACCACAUUCAAAGAUGAUGGACCAAAUGUGUGCAUAUUAGCAGCUCCACUUGACCCACGAUUCAGGAAGCUGAAAUUCCUGACUGCAGAUGAGUGUUUAAAAGUUCAAUACAAGCUGCAUGCAAUAGUUCUGGAGGAGAAAAGAAGGGAAAAGGAGACACACGCUCAACAGGGCACAGCAAUGCAAGUGGAAAGACCAGAUGCUGACAGGCGGCCUGUAUCUUUACUAGACACACUUCUUGGCUCAGAUUCAGAUGAACUCAGCAACAAUGAGGAAGACAACAAUGACAGUAAUGAUGCUGAAAUGGUCAGAAACGAGUUAGUGUCUUAUUUUGGAGAAUCCCCCAUUUCCAAGGAUGAAAACCCAUUAAAAUGGUGGAAAGAACAUCAGGCAAGGUUUCCAAAUCUGGCAAUGCUGGCUCGGUCUUACCUCUCAGUUCCAGCCACAUCGACCCCUUCUGAGCGCCUAUUUUCAGCUGCUGGGAAUAUUGUAAACAAGAAAAGAACCAGCCUCACCCCAGAGCAUGUAGACAUGCUAACCUUUCUUCAUUACAACUGUUAGUCACUCACUGGAAUGAGUAGAAUUGGUUAUAGUGUACUGUGUUGGACUGGAUGUUUAUUUUGCACAUUUUAAAAGCAAUACUUAAUGUUUACAGUGCUCCAGAAUAUUUAGAUUGGCACAAAUGUUUACAGUGUUACAGAAUGUUUUGCCAUGUUUUCAAUGUUGACUGAGUGGCCAUACUUUUUUUUUUUGUAAAUAAAAGCCAUGCCUUUUGAAAAAACUGGCCUAAAUUUAUUUUUUUCAUCUUAAUUUUAAAUAAAAAAAAUAAUCGGUAAAAGGAAAAAUAAUCUAU